AGUGACAGGUUCAUCUCUGCUGGAGGAGCUCAUGAGGAACGGAACGUGACUGUGAGUGACCCGUCCGGUGUGUGUACCCGUGUGUGUGUGACUGACAGCGACAGCAUGGCUCAGAGAGCGGAGAGAGCGCCAUCUAUAGACAGCCAAUCAGCGGAAGGCUCCGCCCCCAAGCCGGCCCUGCGCAAGCCCUCGGUGACUGACGCCAGCAAGAAGAAGAAGAGCAAGAAGUCCAACGAUGAAGUGAUGAGCAAGGUGUACGGGAACCUGCUGAGCAGCGUCUUCGGGCAGGAGAGAGAGUUAUCUCAGCCGGAGCUCGAUGAGUUGUCCGAGGCCUUUAAGGAGUUCGACUACGAUCAGGACGGAUACCUGAACUAUAAGGAUCUGGCCGAGUGCAUGAGGACGAUGGGUUACAUGCCGACAGAGAUGGAGCUGCUGGAGAUCAUUCAACAGAUCAAGAUGAGGCUUGGGGGUCUGAUGGAUUUCGAUGACUUCUGUGAGUUAAUGGGCCCCAGGAUGAUGGUUGAGACGGCGGAUAUGCUCGGCCUCAAAGAGAUCAAGAGCUCCUUCCUUCAGUUUGACACCGAUGGCGACGGGAAGAUCACUAUGGAUGAGAUGAAGGAGGCCGUGAAGAAUCUGUUAGGAGAGAAACUCAAGAAAGGAGAACUGGAGGAGAUCAUCAAGGAGCUGGACCUCAAUGGAGACGGAACCGUGGAUUUUGAUGAGUUUGUGAUGAUGCUGUCGGUGCGAUAAAACACAACACCGUCAUUAACAUCAUCCAUCAGUGUUUGCAGCGGCGGACGAUACGGGUUCAGACUCACACGAGGAACACAGGAGCAUCAGGGUUUUUUAAAGUGCUCCUAAUAUGCCCUUUUAUGAAGUCUUGGUUUUGUUUUUGGGGUGUACUAUAUGUUUUUAAUUUUCAGUCUUCAAAAAACGCAUUAUUUUCACAUAUUUUACAUUAUUACAGAUCGUCUCUGUCGUUUUCGAUGAAGCCCUUCCUUCCGAAAUACAAAAUGUGCUGUGAUUGGUUAGCUGGCCCAGUGUGCUGUGAUUGGCAUAAUGUUAGCCCCACCCCUUCAUAACUGUAAGCUUUAUUCAGAAGUAAAUUUUAUCGAUGGCGUUAGCCCGAUUCAGACCCUGACAAUGUUAACGAACAAGAGGAUUAAAUAUAUGUUAUCCACCAUUACAAAACAGUAAUUGAUCACAAAAUCUUGUAAGUGCUUACAAAAGCUCCUGGAACAGUAUUAAAAAUACAUUUUAACCACUCUUAGUUCGUCAGCCUUAGUUAGGACAAACUUUUUCGGGGGGAAACCAACGACAACACUCUUCAUCUUCCCUUGACCAGGCUCCGCUCACUGUGUGGCCGUAUUCCGUGGGCGGGAUUAUUCAAGUGAGGGCCGUUCUGACGUCAUAAGAUCCAGAAUAAUCCACUCUGUAGUCCAAACGAGCCGUUGUUGUAGUUCUUGAAAAUAUUCCCUUUUGCAGACGACUUACAGCUUCGUAACCUUGCAGAUCUUUUUAUGCUCAAACCGCAACAUUACAAUCUAACUUGUGGUGAAAAAGUGACCCAUUUAAAAGUCUGAUUUCCAGGCCUGAAAAAUUCCUCAAAUUCAUAAAACCAUAAAAGCUCAUCAUGGAUAUUUGUGUAAUGAAAAUACAUUUCUCUGAUUUUCCAUAUUUCAAGGAUGGCUUUGGUGACGACCAUCUGUAAUGAUAACUAUAAUUGUUAAAUUCAUAAAUUCUGACGAUUGGUAUGAUUAUGAAAGGAAAUCGCCAAAUAAUUCCUAUAAAAUUAGUUUGCAAAAUGAAUGUCUGUAAAAGUCAUUAGGGAAAAUUUCUGGUCGAAAAUAAAAUGAGAGAAAAUGAUCAAACUCCUAUUGAUAUUUUAUAAAUGACUCGUUAAAGUUUUAACCCAAAAUAGCACAACGUUCUGCACUAUGUAUGUAGAUGACUGUAACUUUAAGCGGUUAGAUGACUGUAACUUUGCUGUAAUAUAAUGUCUCUGAAGAGGUGUGUAUGUAGAUAUUUUAUGCAUAGACCUUUGAACAAGUGUCGAAAUAAGUAACAAGUGUAUUUUUUAAGUUUUGUUAAUAAACAGUAAAAGUUUGAAAAAACAUCUGAAUUUAUAUUCACACAAACAUUAUAAAAAAACACAUAAAUCUAUAUUUUAAACAUCACUAAAUCGGAAUAUCAUAAUAACACUGUUUGAAUGUUGCUACUUGAACGUCCAGAGAACAUUCAAAAGUUACGUUACAUGUUUAAAAAUGAAACGUUCCCUUAACGUUCACACAACCAAGAAAACACGUUUUUGGAAAAUACUGGACGUUCUGAACAUUCAUUAAUGAGAGUUUCAGAACAUAUAUUUGUUAUCUGGGGCUGUGUUGACAUUUUACUGUAUGUAGGCCUACAGCAGAAUUCAGUGGAGUUUCUGCGGCCUCUGCUGGUGAUCAUCUGAAGAAUCACACACACACACACACACACACACGCCCACACAAUUUUACUAACAGAAGGCUAACCGACUAUCCAAACCAUUUUAAUGUUGUUGUUUCUCUGUUGAAUUCUGGACACACACCCACCUGGAUUUACACAUGUUUUGUAGGCCUAUUGAUUUAUUAAACCUCAUUCUUUCUUUCUUGUAACAUAUGCUAAGCGAAUUAAAUAGUCACGUUAA